GCUUCAUAGAUAAAGAACAGAGAUAACAUAAAAAAAAAAAAAAGUUUGAAGCUUUUAACUAUCCCAGUUUGAAGCUUUUUAAUCUUUCUUUUGAUCUAAAACCAGAAGAUUGUUCUUUUGUCUUCUUCUUUGGCAAAUUCAACUGUUCUUCUAUUCGUUUCGUCUGUGAUGAAUUGCCAUUCACCUUCAACAAGAUGAAUGGAUUCUCCACCGUGGAUGGUUUCUUGGAGAUAACCGAAUCCGUAGCUGAGAUGAUAAAGUUCGUGGCGAAUGAACCCUCAGUAGGACUUUUCUACAUUCAACAGCACACCGAGAAUGCCAUUCCUAACGUAGUUAAUCUCCGUAAUCACGUUGUAGAAAAAUCUCAUGAAGCAACUUUACACACACAAGACUUGGAAGAUUCUAUCACCACGGUGAGAUCGAUGAAGGAAUGCGGUUUCCCAAUUGCAGACGAGAUGAUUAAGGACAUUAAGAGUUCCUUAAUGUUAAUGUCCUCAAAACAACCGAAGAGAGGAUUGAUCCACAGCCCUGCUUCAAGCUUUCGGAUGGGAAGAACUAGCUCUUCGGGACCAAUGUCUUGGAAUCCUGCUGGGAACAUCCAGUUUGAUGGGAGUAAUUAUUUUUCGACUGUAAUCAAGUCCGCAAAACAAAAAGCAAGCAAUUUUAAGUGGCCACAACUUGAUACCAAGGAACAGAUGGAAACCGAGCCCCAAAAGCCACCUUCACAACCAGCUCCACCGUCAAUUCCUGAUACAGAAGCUGAUGAGCUACCGGUAUCGGGUCAAAUGGCCGAUGAACCCAAUGAAGAAGAUGAAAAGGAAGAACCCGAGGAUGAUGUUGAACUUUCACACCAUAAGUUAUCGUUCGGGUCCGAAAACUUCGACGAAUUCAAGGCAGAUAAAGAGGCUAAAUUAGAACAAUGGUUGCAAGGGACCGAAGGCAAAAAUGGAUGAAAGUGAGUUUUGGAAAUACUGUUUUUUUUUAAUAUAUACAUACGGAUUGGUGUGGUUUUAUCUAUGUUAGGUCCAAAUCAAUUUUUUUUCUUGAAAUAUUCGUGUUUGAUACAUAUCUGGAUAAAUGUAUUAGGCUAUGAUUCUUCUGAUCAACUUUUAAAAAAAUUGAAUAUACUCGAAAGCCUGGGCUCGAUUGAAAAAAUCAAAGAUUAAUUUGGAUAAAUGUAUUAGGCUAUGAUUCUAA